GGCGAAUCCAAAAAGAAAAUCUCUGCAAACACGAGGGAUCGAAAAGUCGUUAGAAGCGGCAACUCCUCGACGGCCAUUUGAUUGGGGAUUCCUCUCUCUUUCCGGCGUCGAUUCUCAAGUUUGAUUGAACUAUCUGCAAAGAAAUGGCAGCCACGGCCUCUCCCACAGCGGCCACCGCCGUUCUGAGACCUUCUCUGGCUGCUCCGCAACCCACUCGCCGCUCCGCCAUGCCGCUCCUCCCACCUCGACUCGGCUCCCCUUCUUUCCCCACUUCCCUCAAAAUCUCCUUAGAGUCUCGUAGAUCGUCUCUGCUUCAAACCCGAGCCUCAUCUUCAGAAGAAUCAUCUGCUGCUGAUGCUUCUGAGCUCUUUACAGACUUGAAAGAAAAGUGGGAUGCCCUUGAGAACAAAUCUACGGUACUUCUCUAUGGAGGUGGGGCGAUUGUUGCUGUAUGGCUUUCUUCAAUUCUUGUUGGUGCAGUCAACUCAGUUCCAUUGCUUCCGAAGAUCCUGGAGUUGGUAGGACUUGGAUAUACAGGGUGGUUCGUGUACCGAUAUCUACUCUUCAAGUCUAGCAGAAAGGAGCUAGCUGAUGACAUUGAAGCAUUGAAGAAGAAGAUUGCUGGAGCAGAAUAAGAUGCGCGUCAUUGGGCACCGUGUUUCGACAUGCUUGGUUCCUCUUAUGAAUCAUCAUUUUGUACUCUAUUCCACUUAGUUUGUAAGAGGCAAUAUGCCCCCUUUUCUUUGUAUCUGUAUGAUAAGAUUUGUCAAGUUCAGUAAAUGGAAACAAUCCCUUUUUUCUCAAAA